AUGGUGGUGGUGGUGGAAAGCGGCAGUGGUGUAAAUGGUGGUGGUGGUGGUGGUGGAAGGAAAUGGUGGUGUAGGUGGCGGUGGUGGAAGACAAUGGAGCUGACUGUGGUGGUGGUGGAAGGCAAUGGAGUUGAAAGUGGGGAAAGGCGGCGGUGGUGGAAGGUGUUGGAAGUGGAUGGUGGUGGCGGUGGCAGCCAUGGUGGUGGCAUUGGUGGAAAUGGAUGGUGGUGGCGGUGGUGGCCUGAAGGCGAUGGUGAUGGUGGCGGUGGUGGCCGGAAGGCGAUGGCGAUGGUGGUGAAAGGUUGUGGUGGCGGUAGUGGUGGAAGGUAA